UCUGCACACAUGAAGAGAACAGACUGUGCUGUGCUGGAUCUAUUUAUUAUUCAGUCUGGAUUCUUCAUGACUGUUUGAGGAUAAAAGUUUCUACAUGUCGAGAUGAUCCAGUAAGUUUGAGUGACUCACAGUUGCUGCAGAUACUCUUGUGGAUUUACAAAAGGAUUGAGAAGCUGGUCUGAGCUGGUUUGGAGAUGAUCAGGAUUCUGCUGGUUCUAGUUCUGUUCGGGUCGGUUCAGGGCAGGAGGGUCCGGGGUCAGGGGGGUCAGACCCAACGGGCGGAGACACCUGAGAGUUUUCCACUAGAUUUCACAGCUGUGGAGGGAAACAUGGACAGUUUCAUGACUCAAGUGAAGAGUCUGGCUCAGUCCCUCUAUCCCUGCUCAUCUCAGAGACUGGACCAGGACAUGAAGCUGCAGUUCUUAGUGAACUCAUCCGUCACGUGUAAUGAUGGGACACCUGCUGGUUACUACAUAAAAGAGUCCAGAGGCAGCCGGAGAUGGUUGAUAUUCCUGGAGGGUGGAUGGUACUGUUUCAGCAAACACACGUGUGAUAGCAGAUACGAGACGAUGAGACGGCUCAUGAGCUCCAGUAAAUGGCCUAUGACCAGGACAGGAACGGGCAUUCUGUCCCCACAGCCUGAGGAGAACCCACACUGGUGGAACGCAAACAGAGUGUUCGUGCCGUACUGUUCCAGUGACGUGUGGAGCGGCUCAACAACAAAGACAGACCAGAAUGAUUACGCGUUCAUGGGUUCUUUGAUCAUUCAGGAGGUCAUAAAGGAUCUUUUGGCUAUAGGACUCGACAGCGCUAAAGUUCUGCUACUGGCAGGAAGCAGUGCUGGUGGUACAGGUGUUCUGUUAAACGUAGACCAUGUGGCGGAACUGCUGAAGGAUUUGGGUCAUGGUUCGGUUCAAGUACGAGGCCUCGCUGACUCUGGCUGGUUUCUGGAUAAUAAACAGUACCGAAACACAGACUGUAUCGACACGGUGAACUGCGCUCCGACUGAUGCCAUACAGAGAGGAAUCAGGUAUUGGGCCAGUGUGGUACCAGAACACUGUCGUCGGGUGUUCGAAGGUGAAGAGUGGAACUGUUUCUUCGGCUAUAAAGUUCAUCCCACACUGAAGAGUCCGGUGUUUGUGGUUCAGUGGUUGUUUGAUGAAGCUCAGCUGACCGUUGAUAAUAUUCAUCUGACCGGUCAGACUCUGCAGGAGGGAAAGUGGAGAUACAUCCAGAAUCUGGGGAAUGAACUCAGAAACACCAUGAAAAACGUUCCGGCCAUGUUUGCUCCAGCCUGUUUGUCUCAUGAGAUCAUCACUAGAAGUUAUUGGAUGGACGUCCACGUGAAGGGUACAUCACUCCCGCGAGCGCUCCAGUGCUGGGACCGCAGCCUUCAAAACAGCCUUCGUAACCACAGCAACAGCAGCAGCGUUCGGGCUCCGCCCAGGGGCUGUCCCUUGCACUUGAUUGACAGUUGUCCGUGGCCCCACUGCAACCCGACAUGCCCAACAAUCCGUGACCAGCUGACGGGACAGGAAAUGAGCGUCAUCCAGUUCCUCACACACCUGGGCUUCGAUGUGCAGCGGAUGGCACAACAACAGGGCAUGGACCCCAACAAACUCCUGUCCAUGCUUAGUAAUGGCACCUGAGACAGGAUAAUACAGGAGCACAAUUCUCCAUGUUCUGCAGACUGUUGACAGUGUCCCCUGAUGGUCAUUCAUUGAACUGCAGUAAAAACAAACGACAUUUUUUUGUCUCUGAAGAUGGAUGGACGGCUGGUGCCAGUAAUAACGAAGCACUUUCUCAGAACAGCGUCACUAAGCUGCAUAAAAGUACAUAAACUGGAUAUAUGGACAAACAAAUCAAACUGAUGCACCUCACAUUUAUAAGCACACUUUAGUAUGUUUAUCCUAUCAUGUGACAGGAGAAUAUUUAUAUACAGCUUUUAUUUCGUGAUUUGUUCAAACAGACGACAGACAUAAGCUACAUGGUUA